AUGCCCUCUGUCGUUGCAACUGCCUCUGCGCCUCACCUCCGCGUGUCCGCCGCAAAGAGCCAGGGCGAUAAGUCCUCAUCGGAUACUCAACCGUCGGCGAGAAUUCCACCUCCGGACCAGUCGGCGGUCGAAGAUCAAUUCUUCUGGACCUAUACUGAGGAGCCUCAUCGGUCGAGACGGCAGGCGAUCAUCAAGGCCCAUCCAGAGGUGACCAAGCUCUGCGGGCCUGAGCCUCUCACUAAAUAUGUCGUUCUGGGUGUUGUUACCCUUCAGAUUUGCUGCGCAUAUCUCCUUCGCGAUACAUCAUUCUUUUCAUGGCGAUUCUGGGCAACGGCGUAUAUAAUUGGGGCAACUGCAAACCAGAAUCUAUUCCUUGCGAUCCAUGAGAUCUCGCAUAAUUUGGCCUUUCGUUCAGCAAUGGCUAAUCGGUUGUUGGCAAUCUUCGCCAAUCUUCCAAUUGGACUGCCAUACAGUGCCGCUUUCCGGCCGUACCACCUCACACAUCACAAAUCUCUCGGCGUCGCAGGUCUCGACACCGACCUGCCCACCGCCGUUGAAGCUUUCUUCCUAGACUCUCUCCUGGGCAAGGCAUUCUUCUGCACCUUCCAGAUAUUCUUCUACGCCGUCCGCCCCAUGUUCAUCUACAGUCCUCCAUUCACCUAUAUCCACCUACUUAACCUCAUCACUCAGCUCUCCUUCGACUAUGCCCUCAGCAAGUUCUGCGGCGGCUCCCUCCAGCCAAUACUCUACCUACUCCUCAGCUCCUUCCUCGCCGGCUCUCUGCACCCCUGUGCCGGCCACUUUAUUGCAGAGCACUACUUCUUCUCCCGGGUGGAGAGCGGCGGCACAGAAAGCAUCGAAGAGCAGAAGAAAAUGCACAGCAAGCAAAAGCAGCAACCGCACCCUCUAGACUCCCUUCCGCCACCAGAGACAUACUCCUACUAUGGGCCCCUCAACAUCCUGACCUACAAUGUCGGCUUGCAUAACGAGCACCACGAUUUCCCGGCCAUCCCGUGGACGAAACUUCAUGAGCUUCACCGCAUCGCGCGAGAGUUCUACGAGCCGCUCCCCUGCCACCGCAGCUGGAUCUGGGUCAUCUGGACUUUCAUCCUGGAUAAGAAUGUGGGUAUGUGGUGCCGUGUCAAGAGAGCGCAGGGUGGUCGUCUCGUUGGUGGAGGCGGCAAUGGGCGAGCGGGGGAGGGGAUAUCCGCUGCUGCGGCCGGAACGGACGAAGGAGAUGGUUGGAAAGAAAGUGAAAUUCAGAAUUGA